AUGGUAGACGGGACUGAAAAUCAGAGUUUGGAGGGUGGACCUAGUCAGCAAAUUGGGAGUAGUAAUGUGGAGAUGUUAAUGAAGUCUAUGACAGAUAUGAGGCAACACCAACUGUUAUUGGAAGAAAGGCUUGGAAUUUUGGCUCCAAAUCAUAACUCAGGGGUACAGGUAUUCAGUGGCAGUCAUCCAGAUCCCGAGAAGGCGGAAGAAUGGUUGCAAAAUGCAGAACAUGUUUUGGAAAAUGUAUCCAAUGAAAGAGGUACUUGGGUUAAGUUGAUUACCUUCAAAUUUCGAGGACCAUCACGGGAUUGGUGGAAGGCAAUAAUGGAAGCGGAAGGUGGAACAAUGACUUGGAAUACGUUUAAAACUUUGUUCAUAGACAAGUAUGUACGUGAUGCGGCAAGAGAUAGGAAAUUUUAUGAGUUCAUGUCCUUAACGAAGGGUGGUAUGUCCGUCAGCGCUUAUAAUGAUAAGCUUACAAGGUUGUCGCGUUACGGAGCAGGGUUGAUAACUACUGAUGAAGCUAAAGCGAAGAAAUUUAUUAGGGGUUUGGAUCCCGAGAUGCGAAAACAACUUUCAUGUUUACGAAUCAAGACCUAUGAGGAUGCUUUGAAUCGGUCUCUUGAUUAUGAAAAAGAGAUUGAAGAUCAACUUGCAACACGGGUUAGAGAGAGACCACAACAGUUUUUAGCAAGACCAGGCCCAGCAAAGCGGCCAAUGUUAUCAACGUCUAACCAGACAUACUUCAGACCACAAGUAAGACCAUGGUCAGCAGGAUCAACAUCAGUACCACCUACAACACGUCCACCUACAGUUAGACUUCAAGGGAGAUGGGUACGUUUCCAGCAAGUACGCCCGACUGCACCAGCAAGUUUUAAUUUGAAUUCUUACAAAUGUUUUACCUGCGGUGAAGGGGGUCAUCUCAAGAAAGAUUGUCCAAGGAACCUCUCAACUGGGUUGACUCAACAAGGAGCGGUAUAUGCAAUGGAGCCGAUAGUAACUUCUAAUCAAGAAACAUCAGAGGAGAGUCAAGUGUUCUAUACAACGGUAGAAGGGGAUGGUUCGGCGACCGAUUAA